UGGAAUUGGCCCUUAAAGUGUUGUUGUGGAUAACGUUACAUAAUCACGAUUACCAGCUAGAACUACAUAUGUACUUGCUCACAAUUUAAAUUAUUAUCUUUAAGUAUGUAGGUACUUGUAGUAUAUGAUACUACGAGUACAUACUGAUAAUACACCUGAACUCGUUCGUAUAAAUUAACUUGAUUUAGUCAUUAUUAUAUACUACGAAGCUCGAACGGGUUGCAUUGUAAAAGAAAGUGCUCUUUGCCGAAACUUUUAGCCGAAAAUUCCAUUAUAGAAGACUAUGUGGAGUUUGAUUCUUCUUUUUGAAAAAAAAUUGUGGAAUUUCGUUGUCCUGGUUAUUAUUUAUGGAAAUAUGGAAAGUGCCAAAGGUACAUUCUCGAAUUUCAGCUGGCUAAAUGAACCCUCUGAGUGGAGUUUAUCUAAUGACGUGCUCACGGUGAAGACUGAUAACAAGACAGAUUUCUGGCAAGAGACGUGGUAUAACUUUAGCGUUAACACCGGGCAUGUUUACGGACUUGAGAUCAAGGAGGAUUUUACCAUGGAGGUCUGCGUGGAAGCGGAGUUCACCACUCUGUACGACCAGGCCGGUCUUAUGAUAUACGUGGACGAGAAGCAUUGGCUAAAAGCUGGUAUCGAGUACAAUGAAGGACAACCAACGAUCGGAAGCGUACUCACUAACCAAGUCUCUGAUUGGGCCACAGGCGAAUACACCGGAAACCCGAAAAAGUAUUGGCUACGGCUGAGUAAAGUGGGGGGAGUUGUCUGCGUGAAGUAUUCCACAGACAACGUUACAUGGACCUUGCUAAGACUGAGUCCAUUUAUAAUAGCAGACAAAUAUUUCGUUGGACCCAUGUGCUGCACCCCACAGAGGGAAGGUCUGCAUGUAACGUUUAGUAACAUAACUAUACGUAGCCCGGAUAAAGAUAUAUUGCAUUCGAAUUAACUCACUAUCACUAUUGUCGCUUUAAACUAAAUAUACGACAUAAAAUAAUA